GCUGUUCCGGCGGGAGCCGCGGCGCCCGCGGCCCGGCCGCUGCCAUGAGCCGGCACAGCCGGCUGCAGAGGCAGGUGCUGAGCCUGUUCCGCGAGCUGCUGCGCGCCGGGCGCGGGAAGCCGGGCGCCGAGGCGCGGGUGCGGGCGGAGUUCCGCAAGCACGCCUGCCUGCCCCGCUCCGACGUGCUGCGCAUCGAGUACCUGUACCGCCGCGGGCAGCGCCAGCUCCAGCUGCUGCGCUCCGGCCACGCCAAGGCCAUGGGCGCCUUCGUCCGCCUGCGGGGCCCGGCCGAGGUGGUUGGCGGCGCUGGAGCCCCGGGGAUCCUGUCUGAGAACAGUAACGGGCCAAGGGGCCCUCACGACAGAACGGGGGAACACAAGACGCGGCCCGACGGACGGUGACAGGCAGAUAAGAAGAGCUCACUUCGUGGCGCAGGGGAACCAGGGACCCCGCCUGACUGCGUGGGGAGACCGAGGAACCCGCCCGAUGGAAGGUGCGAGGCCUUAAAAGACUAGCUUGAUGGGUCGAGGGGAUCAGAGAGCUCUCUGGGUGACACGGGGGCCUAGAGACCCUAUGAUGGACGGCGAGAGAUGCCCAGCCUUUCCUGAUGUUUGGUAACAGGUCUUCCCCCACCCCCGUGAGUGCUUGGGACGGCCUGGGCCGCCAGCAAGCCGGAGUGUCAAGCCGAGAGCUACUUCCCCGGAGGCAUGGGGAGCCGGGAUGCCCCCUCCUGGACGGAGAGUCUGAGACACCCUUCUCUUGACCCCUGAGAACAUACCCACCCCUGGCUCCCCACGGAGACUCCCCUCUCCUGUAUUUAACUCUGAGAAGAGCAGACUUUCUGCUAAGAAGUUUUGGGGAAGAUGCCCUGAUAAACGGUGAGAAGUCUGGAAUCCCCUUUUGGAAAACUUUUCCCCCAUUAAUUGUGACAAGCCAGGACCAUGAGGAAGGAGCCGGGGGUCUCUCACCCAGACUGAUUAACGAAAAACCCUUGAAGACCCCUACUUGAUGGUUCUGAGGGGCAACCCUGACUUCUGUGCCCCUUCCCCCUCAGACUGUUGAACAAAGGGAAUAAAAUUGGGGGUGUGCUUUCUUCUC